AAGGAGCUUGGAAGGGAGUAAUAAUAAUAACUCCCCACCCGUCACGUCAUCCACGUGAUUACCGAACAAACAUGCACUAAAACGAGUAAAUUGUCCCUACCACUGUCUGAUUAAGCAGCUAGAAACUGAUGCACGUAAUCUAGUUUUCUGCAUUUUGAUGAAUAUAGUAUCCAGGGUUUUAGAGUAAGGCUGUUUGAAAACAGAUCCGAUCCUCAUAGUAAAGGUUGUUGAAGAUGGCGGAAGCUCCUGUGCCUGUGGUGAAGACCAUAUUCGUCUACCCCGUCAAGUCGUGCCAGGGAAUAUCCGUUUCACAAGCUACACUUACUUCAAAUGGAUUACGGUGGGAUCGUCUUUGGAUGAUUGUGAAUUCCAAAGGCAGGAUGUGCACUCAGAGAGUCGAACCUAAACUUGCUCUCAUACAAGUUGAAUUGCCAACUGAUGCAUUUUCUCAAGCCUGGGAACCAGAUAAGGCCUCCUUCUUGGUGAUAAAUGCCCCGGGCAUGAACACUCUGAAGAUUCCAAUGGUUCAGCCUUGCGCAGUGUCCAAUGGUGUCUCAGUGUGGGAGUGGUCUGGCUCUGCCUUUGAUGAAGGAGACGAGGCUGCAAAAUGGUUCUCUGAUUUUCUUGGCAAACCCAGUCGGCUAGUUCGUUUUGAUGAAGCAUCAGAAUGCAGAACUGUAAACUCUGAUUAUGCCAGAAGCCAUACCAUCAAAUUUAACGAUUUGUAUCCCUUCCUCCUCAUAUCCCAAGGAUCGUUGAAUGCACUGAAUGCUCGCCUUUCAGAACCUGUAUUGAUUAACAGAUUCAGGCCCAACUUCCUUGUAGAUGGAUGCCAACCUUUUUCUGAGGAUUUGUGGAAUGAGAUCAAAAUAAAUGAGUUUGUUUUUGUGGGGGGAGAGCUUUGCUAUCGCUGUAAGGUCCCAACAGUUAAUCAAGAAACUGCAGAGACAGGAGCUGAACCAACGGAGACUCUGAUGAAAUUUCGGUCCGACAAAAUUCUGGUUCCGAAUAAAGAGAAACAUCAAGGGCGGGUUCGUGGAACGAGAGAUAUAUUUAUUACUAGAAAGCUGUUUGGAAAAUUAAUGGAUAUCUUGGUUUUGGCAGGUUUACAUGGGACAAAUGAUGGUCUGCAAGAAUUACACUCCAGAAACUGGCAAGAGCAAGGCUAUCAAAGUGGGUGAUCCUGUGCAUGUUUUGAAGAUGCUUUCCUCUUAUGAUGAGUGCUUCAUUUAGCAUCUUUCACUCGAACCCAACUAGCUUCUAUAUUUCUCCUUCAGUUUCAACAACUGAUUUUGGAAUUGUACUCAGAUUUCAAUUAAUCUGCCUCAGAAUAUGAAUAACUAUCUGUUCGAGUGAA